AUGGGCACACGCGCGAUGCACGCAAGCGCCUACGGGCUGCAGGCAGCGCCUGGAUCGCGCCUCGAUGCACUGCGGCAGCGCCUCGCCGAAGACGCACAGACGAUCGAUGAGUUCGUCGGUGCGCCACCGCGUGUCCAGAUGGGCCGCGUGCACGAGGCGCGCCUUCCGUCGUACACCAAGACGAAGAUCCCGAAGGGCGCCAACUUUGCGCGCAUCAAGCGGGACCUGCGUGGCCUCGGCCUCGCGACCGUGUGCGAGGAAGCGCGGUGCCCGAACCUGGGCGAGUGCUGGGGCGGCGCCGGCGGCAAGGAGGCCGCCACCGCGACGAUCAUGCUCAUGGGCGACACCUGCACGCGUGCGUGCCGCUUCUGUGCUGUGAAGACGUCGCGCGCGCCGCCGCCCCUCGACCCCCACGAGCCGGAGAACACGGCGGAGGCCAUCUCGCGGUGGGGCCUCGGCUACAUUGUGCUCACGUCCGUCGACCGCGACGACCUCGCGGACGGCGGCGCCGCACACAUUGCCGCGACGAUCCAGAAAAUCAAGCACAAGGCGCAGCACAUCCUCGUCGAGGCGCUCGUGCCCGACUUUGGCGGCGCGCUCGAGUGUGUCGAGCAGGUGGCGCGCAGCGGCCUCGACGUGUACGCACACAACAUCGAGACGGUCGAGCGCACGACGCCGCUCGUGCGCGACCGGCGCGCGGCGUACCGCCAGAGUCUCGCGACGCUGCAGCAUGCAAAGCACGUGCGCCCUGACCUGGUGACCAAGACCAGCAUCAUGCUCGGCUGCGGCGAGACGGACGCCGAGGUCGAGCAGACGCUGCACGACCUGCGCGCGCACGGCGUGGAUGUCGUCACGUUCGGGCAGUACAUGCGCCCGACCAAGCGCCACAUGAAGGUGUCCGAGUACGUCACGCCCGACAAGUUUGCCGCAUGGCAGGCGCGUGCCGAGGAGCUCGGCUUUCUGUACGUCGCCAGCGGGCCGCUCGUGCGCAGCAGCUACCGCGCCGGCGAGUUCUUCAUCGAAAACGUCCUCCGCCGCCGCCGCGGCGAAGGCACGCCUGUCGACACACCGACGGUGCAGUCGCUCCGUGCAUCUACGUAG